UUGAAGUUGGGGCCCAUGGGUAGAAUCACAGACGCUUUUGUUCGGGGCUCCCCGUUCCUGCGAUGGCCUGCUGUCGAUCAAGAUGCAAGCGUCCGCCCCCAUCGGCCCUUUCACUGCUGCAGCUGGCUGCCUCUUGCUGCUUGCCGUAUGCUCACUGCAAUCUGUGCUGGAGAGGCCGAAGGAGCAGCAGCUCCAGUAUUAAACCAGGCCUACGAAACGCUUAUGACGCUCGCCACCAAAAAACACAAAUAUCACGAGUUGAAGAUGCUGUUUGGGUUGGCCGUAAACGAGGCGAAGUUGACUAGCCAGCGGACCCGUUUGAAAAAUCAAAAUGGCUUCCAUCUUUGUCGUCUCAGCAGAGAGGUUUAUACCUUUGUUUCCCCGUCUCGCAUGUCAGGGAGUCUUAGCGCACUUUUGACCACGUCAGUGCGGUGGGGGAGGGGAAGUGAGUCUGUCUGGGUGGAGCCUGUAUGAUACGUUCACUGUGGAUGAAUUACCCAUUGCCCCCUUCGCUGUAAGUCUUAUGUAGUUUAGACUCCAGCUACUGGAAGGAUUGUAUAUUGAUUUUUAAAAUAUAUAUAUUUCUUUUGUUUAAUUUUGUGUCAAAACUUGCCAUGUAGAAUACCUUAACUCUCAUACUUAAGGGCACAUGGAGAUCUCCUGAAAAUCUUACUAGAUAUAGAGUGCCGCAGGGAUAACACAUUUUUGUAGGCCAGCCCAGAAGUUAGCAUCACCCUGGUUCCCUUGAAAAAGAAAAGUAAGAUUUUUCCAUUGACAUUUGGAUAAUUGCAGAAAAUAAGCUCAGAACAAAUGUUAAUGAUUCUCACCUGUUUUGUUCAUCAUAAUCAUCACAAAUGAAAACAACUUUUAUGAAUUUUGAUGCCUGAAUGCAAUUGACAGAAGUAAAAAGCUAAAGUUAGACUAUUACAAACUUAUACCAUGCAUGCUUGACUUCAAUGUCAACAUCACUGAGUUUCUGACAAAUCUUUUAUUCUUUAAAAUCUACAAUUUGGAAAGUUUGAGUUAAAAUAGUUUGCAAGAGCAUGAGUCUAAAUACAAUGAGGCUGUAAAAGCAGUAGAUGAGUUUUCCUGUUCGAUGUGAUGAUGUUUAAUAUCCUCUGUAGACCCAUUUAGCCACAAAGCAUAACAUUCAUGAGUGGAGUAUUACUGAUGUAUUUUAAUGUCAUAGAAUAAUACAUGAAUGAAAAUAUCUUGAGCUUUUGUUAACCAGACUUUAUUUUUUAGGCAUUUAUCCAAAAACCUAUUGACUUCGGGAUGAUGGAACUAGAAGUUUAAAAAAAUUGUUUCUGGGUUUUAGGACUCAUUCCUGCAGCACUCUAUUAUAAACAGAAUACAGUGCUGGUGUACGAAAUGUUGGUUGUAGUUUUAGUUGCAGCGGAUGUGUGUCAGCUUGCACUCUGGUCUUUUUUUCAACAGUGCUGGGAUGUCACCCAUGCUUCAGGCUCCUGUAACCCUGGUUGGCUGGCCACGGAGACAGGGAGUCCUCGUCUCAGUACUGUGGCUCUCCACAUUAGACUUUCUGUUUGGGGCUAAAACAUGUUCUCCAAGGGCACUAAGCGUAAAUUUUCCGAUGGUGGUGAAGAGAUAUCCGACGAAGGCCUGGUAGGUGCCAGGGUGGCAUCCUCAUACAGCUUGCAACGGCAGUCGCUGCUGGACAUGUCCCUCAUUAAGCUGCAGUUAUGCCACAUGCUGGUGGAGCCCAACCUCUGCCGCUCGGUUCUCAUUGCCAACACGGUCAGGCAGAUUCAGGAGGAGAUGACCCACGAUGGCAGCUGGCAUAUGGUCACCGAAGCAUUCUGUGGUGCAGGCCAGAGCCCCUCUGAGCGUUUGGUGGCCACUGAGGUCCUUUGCAGGUCACGGGAGCAGGAUGCAGAACCUAAGCUCUUUUCCGUCAUCAGCUACGAAGGUUGCCGUGAAGAGGAGGUGGUAGCUGAUGAGACACUGUGCUCCGUUUCAGUUAGCGAUACUGUUUCUAAUGUGUGCCUGGCAGGCCGUAUAGGCCAGUGCUGGGAGAAGAAUGAGCUCAGUGGCGUAGAGAGGGACGAAGAGGCCCUUGAAGACUCUAGACUUGGUUCAGGAGAAGAUGAGGAGAUAGACACAGAGGAUGAGGCUUCCACUGAGGGUCCAAAGACCAUUGGACAAGUUUUUGGGACAUUUGAAAUAAAAAACGGUUCACCGGGUCCAGACUCUGCUCUUGAGGAGCUAUUUUCAGAUGUGGACACCUCCUACUAUGAUCUGGACACCAUGCUGACCGGUAUGCAGAGUGCACCCAAGAUGGGGCCUUAUGACCUCCUUGAUAGCUUGGGACCUUCACACGGUUCCCCUUCCAUAGUGUCCACACCAAACUGUCGUUCUGAUCUCAAUGAACUGGAUCACAUCAUGGAAAUCAUUGUGGGUUCUUAGGUUAGACCUUAUUCAGAGACUUACACGCUUGUCUUAAUGUUAAUGGCUUUUCUGUUCCUUAUGGAAAGCAAGUAAAGUCUGGAGUCCUUUCAGGGAAAAGAGUUGAUGUCUUGUGAAGGAUGGCCUUGAUUUUAUGAGCUGACCAUAGUCAUUAUUUGCAUACCCUUUGUAUGUUUUAAUAAUUUUUUUCUGUAUUUGUCUGUCCAGACAUGGUGUUUUUUUGUUUUAAUUUAAUUUAUUUGUUAUACUCAUGACACUACAGAGAGCAGAACAAGAUGUAUACAAGUUGUAAAGCUUGGGAUAUUUUCAUAAGGAGACAAAAGAUUGUCUAAAAUGUGUACAUAAAUAUAUAUUUUCUACAAUAGAUUUUUCUUGUAAUAUGUUACUGUACAUUAUGUACAUGUUCUACAAAUUGAUUUUAAACGAAGAGAUUAGAUUCUUAUGUGCAACAACUCAACUUUUCUGUUUAUCAAAAUCCAUAAACUGAAGGAAUUUAAUUCAAUACUACAGUAUGCAAAAUGCACCAAAUAUACAUACAGUGAUGCAUGUUUUACAUUUAUGUGCUCAUUUGCACAAAGUAUUUUUUUUUCCUCUCAAGGUUUGAUUGCAGUUGGCUGUCAAUCAGCUCAGCCGUAGGUUUUGUUUGUUAGACGUCAAAGUUCUUAUAUUUUGCCUAAUCAACAAAUGAAUUAUAAUGGGGCCAACCCAUUCUGUAUUGUGACUUAAUUUAUUUAAUUUAUUUACUGCAAACGGUGAGUGUUGGCUGUGGUCAAACUCAGGGCGGCAUUUUAACUCUAGGGGACUGAUUGACCAAAGCCUUUUGCUCAUAGAAAAUCGGUCACAGAAUUAGUGCUUUGUAAGUUGAUUUGCACCAAUCAUUGGUUUAAGUAUUGAUUUUAAGCAAGUUAACUGUUUUAAUAUGGGUGAAUGGCUUAAGUAUAUCUGUCUAUUAGUCCUCUAGACCCCUCAAAAUGAGAAGGCAUUUGUCCAGUUCUAUGCAUUAAGUGUCAUAACACACUUUCUAUGUAUGAAGUGUUUAAAAUGCAUUUAGUACAGUAUUCUUUUUUAUACUUCAGAAUCAGUCAACAAGAGAUGGUUUUAUUUUACCCAACAUUUCCCCCAGUUGUUAAAUAUAUUUUGUUUGGUUUUGUCUGAAAGUAAAGUUUUGCAUAAACUAUGUUUGUGCAAAUUAUAGGUUAUUACACUUUGAUAAUUGUUUUCUUCAACAUUGUGUCUCACUUCAAUUCUAAGAGGAUGUUUUUUAUUGUAUGAUCUUAAACUAGUAUAGAGUAUAAACAUUUUAUAUGAGCAUUGUAGCUUUUUUAACGUUUUUUAAUAAAAGGUACAACUUAUGAAAACAA